AUGCGCACAACUUCAGGUGACAAAGGUGUUGCCCACUUCAAGACGCAUCGGCGCCUUCAGCGAUUGGAUAAACGACCGCAUAAACGUAUCCUAAAAGCAACUCCAGCCGCUCUUGAAGUGUGCCUCGAUCAGGGCGCCUGGUCGGAAGACUUUCGAUUUUCCUACACUGCUGCUGACGAUUUCAAACUCGGACCAUUCCGUGAAGCGUGUCCCGGCCAGGAUACCUGGCCGAGAAGUUUUAAGUUCCUCCUGCUGACGGUGCAACCCGGACCAGUUCGUGUGUCCCGGCCAGGGUACCUGUUCGAGAACUUUCAAGUUCCUCCUGCUCACGGUUCAACCCGGACCAGUUCGUGUGUCCCGGCCAGGGUACCUGGCCGAGAACUUUCAACUCAUCUGCCCACCUGCCGACGGUUCAAGUUCCUCCAGCUCACGGUUCAACCCGGACCAGUUCGUGUGUCCCGGCCAGGGUACCUGGCCGAGAACUUUCAACUCAUCUGCCCACCUGCCGACGGUUCAAGUUCCUCCAGUUCGUGUGUCCCGGCCAGGGUACCUGGCCGAGAACUUUCAACUCAUCUGCCCACCUGUCGACGGUUCAAGUUCCUCCAGCUCACGGUUCAACCCGGACCAGUUCGUGUGUCCCGGCCAGGGUACCUGGCCGAGAACUUUCAACUCAUCUGCCCACCUGCCGACGGUUCAAGUUCCUCCAGCUCACGGUUCAACCCGGACCAGUUCGUGUGUCCCGGCCAGGGUACCUGGCCGAGAACUUUCAACUCAUCUGCCCACCUGCCGACGGUUCAAGUUCCUCCAGUUCGUGUGUCCCGGCCAGGGUACCUGGCCAAGAACUUUCAACUCAUCUGCCCACCUGUCGACGGUUCAAGUUCCUCCAGCUCACGGUUCAACCCGGACCAGUUCGUGUGUCCCGGCCAGGGUACCUGGCCGAGAACUUUCAACUCAUCUGCCCACCUGCCGACGGUUCAAGUUCCUCCAGCUCACGGUUCAACCCGGACCAGUUCGUGUGUCCCGGCCAGGGUACCUGGCCGAGAACUUUCAACUCAUCUGCCCACCUGCCAACGGUUCAAGUUCCUCCAGUUCGUGUGUCCCGGCCAGGGUACCUGGCCGAGAACUUUCAACUCAUCUGCCCACCUGUCGACGGUUCAAGUUCCUCCAGCUCACGGUUCAACCCGGACCAGUUCGUGUGUCCCGGCCAGGGUACCUGGCCUAGAACUUUCAACUCAUCUGCCCACCUGCCGACGGUUCAAGUUCCUCCAGCUCACGGUUCAACCCGGACCAGUUCGUGUGUCCCGGCCAGGGUACCUGGCCGAGAACUUUCAACUCAUCUGCUCAGCUGCUGACGGUUCAAGUUCCUCCAGCUCACGGUUCUACCCGGACAACCUUGUGACGCCUGGACCCCGGUUAGGACGCCUGGACUGCUUUGAUUCUGCGUUACGGUUGUCGAUCAAGGUUUCCUGAUAGUGUUAUCACACCGGAGCAAGAUGGAGGCUUUUUUUUGGGAAGCCGUUCAGCGAAAGAUCGGACAAGUAAGCGACGCUGUUCAGUCAAUCAUUAAACUGCAGAAGCUUUGCGGCAGCAGCGCACUUGGCCUAAUCGAUGCUGGCGAUAUCCCAGAAAUGGUAGACGAUUCGAAAACCAGACUCGCCAGGAUGAGCGAAGAGGAAAUCAUCAAAAUGUUCGGCAAACCUUUGUCGCCGGAUGACAUUUUACUGA